AUAAGACAUACCACCUCUUAAAACUGCUAGAUAAGCGCCACAGUAUCAGUCCGUGUUGUAUUAGUGCUGCUGUACUGUCAUGAGGUCCCUGUUUCUAGUGCCUUUGCUAUUCGUGUCCGCCCUGGCCCAUGCAGGUUUCCGCCUGAUGAUUCCUAACGGCAUCAAUGUCCCCAACCCCUGCACAAAUGUGUUCGGCCUGUGGAACGCAGUUGGCCACAACAUAGAAAUUGGUGGCGGUGCAGCUAAUGUAUUUGGAGCGGAUUUUGUGACUGCUAACACUAAAUGGACAAAGGAUCUAUGUCAAAAGGACUCCGACAUGGACGGGAAAACAAAUGGCGAGGAGCUAGGGGAUCCCAACUGUGUGUGGACAGCGGGAGCCACCCCCGCUGGUGACGCCACGGGGCAUCCAGGAAUCUGUGAGCCCAUGUCUAGUGCCAACUGUAUGAAGAUUAAUGUCAAUAUCACCUGUAUAUAAAUACCAAAAGUCUUAUUCUUGUCAUGUACAUCAUGUUUGUAAAAUAUUGCCUCAUUGAUUUGUCAUAUAAUGUAAACAAAAUACAAGUCUAAUAGAAGAA